GGUGAGCUCACAAAUCGAACCCUCCCCCCCCUCGUAGAGAAAGCUAGGGUCUUCGCCGACCCCUCCCUCUCGCCUCGCUCUUCCUCCUCCUCCUCCUCCUCGUCCUCAACCUCCACCGUAGGCGCAUUCUAGAACCUUCGACUCGUUCGGUUCCCUAGGGUUUCCGUGGCCCCGAUCGCCCGACCAUGGCGGCGGAGAAGCUGAGGGACCUGAGCAAGCCCAUCGACGUCCCCCUCCUCGACACCACCGUCGCGGCGUUCUAUGGCACGGGGUCGAAGGAGGAGAGGUCAGCUGCAGAUCAGAUACUGCGGGAGUUGCAGAAUAAUCCGGAUUUGUGGUUGCAAGUUGUUCACAUUCUACAGAACUCACAAAACUUGAACACCAAGUUCUUUGCACUUCAAGUGCUAGAAAGUGUCAUCAAGUAUAGAUGGAAUGCUUUGCCAGUAGAACAACGGGAUGGAAUAAAAAACUACAUUUCUGAUGUUAUUGUACAGCUUUCUAGCAAUGAAGACUCCUUCCGAAGGGAGAGGCUGUAUGUUAAUAAACUCAAUAUUAUCUUGGUGCAGGUCUUAAAGCAUGAGUGGCCGGCCAGGUGGCAAAGCUUUGUCCCCGAUCUCGUUUCAGCAGCAAAGAGUAGUGAAACAAUCUGUGAAAAUUGCAUGGCUAUAUUGAAGCUUCUAAGUGAGGAAGUUUUUGAUUUCUCAAGAGGGGAAAUGACACAACAAAAGAUUAAAGAACUUAAGCAGUCAUUAAAUAGUGAAUUUCAACUCAUUCAUGAGUUAUGCUUAUAUGUGCUAUCUGCAUCGCAAAGAACUGAGCUUAUACGGGCUACAUUGGCAACACUUCAUGCUUUUCUCUCAUGGAUUCCACUUGGCUACAUAUUUGAAUCACCACUGCUUGAGACUCUGUUGAAGUUCUUCCCAGUGGCUUCAUACCGAAAUCUUACUCUUCAAUGUCUAACCGAGGUUGCUGCUCUUCAAUUUGGCGAAUACUAUGACAUGCAGUAUGUCAAGAUGUAUACCGUGUUCAUGGUGCAAUUGCAGACUAUUUUGCCUCCUGGAACAAACAUCCCAGAUGCCUAUGCUAAUGGCUCCAGUGAAGAGCAGGCAUUUAUUCAAAACCUUGCUCUGUUCUUCACUUCAUUUUAUAAGUCUCAUAUACAGGUAUUGGAAUCUACUCCUGAAAAUAGAGCUGCUUUGCUUUUGGGUCUUGAAUAUCUUAUCUGGAUCUCAUACGUUGAUGACACAGAGGUCUUCAAGGUUUGUUUAGAUUAUUGGAACAUACUAGUCCAAGAGCUUUUUGAAGCACACCGUCAGAUGGAACCUGCAACGGCUGCAUGCUUGAUUGGACUUAAGGCUUCCAUGAUUCCGGGAAUGGUUGAUGGUCUUGGUUCCGCAAUAGCACAAAGGCGACAGUUAUACUCAGGUCCAUUAUCAAAAUUAAGAAUGCUCAUGAUUUGUCGCAUGGCAAAACCUGAGGAGGUUUUGAUUGUUGAGGAUGAAAAUGGCAAUAUUGUCCGUGAAACCAUGAAAGACAAUGAUGUUCUUGUUCAAUACAAGAUCAUGAGGGAAACACUUAUCUACCUUGCAAACCUCGAUCUUAAUGAUACCGAACAACAGAUGCUGAAGAAGUUAACCAAACAACUGAGUGGAGAGGAUUGGUCUUGGAACAACUUGAACACUUUAUGCUGGGCGAUUGGAUCAAUAUCUGGUUCCAUGGCAGAGGAACAGGAAAAUAGGUUUCUAGUUAUGGUGAUUCGUGAUCUUUUAAAUCUCUGCGAAAUCACAAAGGGAAAGGAUAACAAAGCUGUAAUAGCAAGCAAUAUAAUGUAUGUAGUGGGCCAGUAUCCAAGGUUUCUUAGGGCUCACUGGAAAUUUCUGAAGACAGUUGUGAAUAAGUUAUUCGAGUUUAUGCAUGAAACACACCCAGGAGUUCAGGAUAUGGCAUGUGACACUUUUCUAAAGAUUGUGCAGAAAUGCAAACGCAAGUUUGUGACUUUGCAGGUAGGAGAGAAGGAGCCUUUCUUAGCGGAACUUCUAUCUGACCUUGCAAAUACAAUUGCAGACCUUGAGCCUCAUCAGAUUCAUUCAUUCUAUGAAUCGGUUGGUCACAUGAUUCAAGCAGAGUCUGAUCCUCCCAAGAGGGAUGAGUAUUUGAAAAUGCUAAUGGCUCUCCCCAAUCAGAAAUGGGCUGAAAUUAUUGGACAGGCAAGCCAAAGUGUUGACGUCCUCAAGAAUCAAGAUGUUAUAAGAAGUGUUCUUAAUAUAAUGCAGACAAACACGAGUGUUGCUAGUUCACUUGGAUCGUACUUCUUUCCACAAAUAACAUUGAUAUUCUUGGACAUGCUCACGGUUUACCGAAUGUACAGUGAGCUAAUUUCUAACACUAUAGCUGAAGGCGGGCCUUUUGCUUCAAAAUCAUCUUAUGUAAAGCUUUUGCGAUCGGUAAAGCGAGAGACUCUUAAACUGAUCGAGACAUUUUUAGAUAAGGCUGAAGAUCAACCACAUAUUGGAAAACAGUUUGUUCCACCAAUGAUGGAUCCUGUUCUCGGUGAUUAUGCCAGAAAUGUGCCUGAUGCCAGAGAAUCAGAAGUGUUAUCAUUAUUCGCGACAAUUAUAAACAAGUAUAAAGCUGUGAUGAUGGAAGAUGUUCCUCGCAUAUUUGAAGCUGUUUUUCAGUGUACUCUUGAGAUGAUUACUAAGAAUUUCGAAGAUUAUCCGGAGCAUCGACUCAAGUUCUUCUCUUUGCUCCGUGCUAUUGGUACCCAUUGUUUUCAAGCUUUAAUUCAUCUCUCAAGUCAGCAACUGAAACUCGUAAUGGAUUCUAUAAAUUGGGCUUUUCGGCACACUGAGAGGAACAUUGCUGAGACUGGUCUUAAUCUUUUGUUGGAAAUGAUGAAGAAUUUUCAGAUGUCAGAAUUCUGUAAUCAAUUCUAUAGAACAUAUUAUCUGAACAUCGAGCAAGAAAUCUUUGCCGUCCUAACAGAUACAUUUCACAAGCCGGGUUUCAAGCUCCAUGUUUUGGUGCUACAGCAUUUGUUUUGUCUGGUUGACUCUGGUUCAUUAACUGAGCCGCUAUGGGAUGCGUCAACGGUGCCUUAUCCCUAUCCCAACAAUAUGAUGUUUGUUCGUGAUUACACCAUAAAGCUUUUGGGAACAUCGUUUCCAAAUAUGACGGUAGCUGAGGUUACUAAAUUUGUGGAUGGGCUUUUCGAGUCGAGAAAUGACCUUCCGACUUUUAAGAACCACAUACGGGAUUUUCUCAUUCAAUCAAAGGAGUUCUCGGCUCAGGACAACAAAGAUCUUUAUGCGGAAGAGGCCGCCGCCCAGAGAGAGAGGGAGCGGCAAAGGAUGCUUUCAAUCCCGGGGCUUAUCGCCCCCAGCGAGUUGCACGACGAGAUGGUCGAUUCGUGACGCUCCGCCGCCCCUCUUAUACUAUUCUACACAGCUGAUUUCCGCAGCUCGCCCUCUCUCCGCCAUAUCCUAAUUCCAAGGGAGCCAAAUUUUGCGCUGAUGAAAAGCGCGAUCGCAGUAGCACUCAAAUGCUCAUUUGAAUCUUCUUACACCAUUUUGUACUGAUAUAUAUGUAUAUUUUUUUCCUUCACUUCCUAAAUUCGAUUGGAUAGAAGGGAUAGUGAGAGGCGAUUUGGCUUUUCGUUUCGAGGGCUGUUUUGGACUGCUUGUGAUACUCGCAGGUUUUGCAGUUGAAGUAGAAGCAGCUCUUGUGCAUAUGUAUUUUGUUAAGUAGAGGUGUAGUAGUUUGGUGUGUUUGAUACUCAUCAGAAUCAGCGCCCCCCCAAAAAAAAUCCUUCUUGUUUUGUCUAUUUCUUUUUUUUUUUUCCUUUUUCCCCACAAUUUAAGUGAGAUUAUUGUUACAGAAUCAGAUGUAUUAGGUUAUAAUUUAUUGCAAACAUAAGCAUUGGUGGGUCUCUCUCAAA